CAGGGUUCAUAAGUAACGUCUCUCUCUCUCUCUCAUGUACCUCGUGCCUGCUCAUUCGCCGGCAGUUUCUUUAUAAGUUCCGCCUCCCGCUCUGCCCAUUCAAAGCCCAAACAGACAGAAAAGAGAAGAGAAAGAAACAAACAUGGAUAGAGCACCAGUGGAGCUCGAUUUCUUUGGUAUGGAGAAGGAGACUGGCUCCUCCUCCAAAUCUCAGUUCCAGAAGUUCCUUGAUCGCCAAAGAAGCUUACGAGGAAUUCAAACUGGAAUUUCAAAGAUUAACCCCGAAAUCCUUAAAUCCGUGAUCUCCUCUGGUUCUCUGAACCAGAAUUCUCCGAAUGUGAGUUUGCCAGGCGCGAAAAAGUCCUACUCUGUGCCGUCAACUCCUAAAGCAGAUCGAAACUCUCUACUUCGCCUGUUACCUGUCUACAUGCCUGUUUCUGGGAGGUUGGAAGAUCCGAAGCAGGCUGCUACUCCUCUGACGAUUUUUUACAACGGAAUGGUUGCUGUUUUUGAUGUGCCUGAAGACCAGGCGGAGGCGGUUAUUAAGCUUGCUAAGCAAGGAAACUCGAAAUCCGUCGAAUCUCCAGAGUCGAAGUCCGUCGGUUCCUCAGAGGAUCAGCAAAAGCUGCUAGAGACUCUCAAUGGAGAUCUGCCGCUAUACAGGAGGAAGUCACUGCAGAGGUUCCUGGAGAAACGCAAGGAAAGAUUGACAUCUGUGUCGCCCUUUGCUUGCUAGUUCUAGACUUAUAGUACCCGCAGUGGGAGUAAAGAUAAGUCGGUGGGAGGGCUCAGAAAAGAUAAUCAAAAAAUACCCAAGUCAUCAUGACGAUGGGGUGUAGAAGUGCGAGUGUACAACAUUUAAAUAUAUCUUUAUUAAUUAAUGUUAAACCUGAUUUUAUAGCUUUUAGAAUCGGUCAUUUUAUUUACUACUAGUUAGUUGGCUGUUUGGGACGGCCAUUGAUUGUUCAGGUUUUCGUUUUAUGGUCUGUCCUUCUUACUGGGCCCUUCUUAGUGUCUCUUGUGCGGUGUACUCGCGGCCAUAUUUAAUGGAAAAUACUUGAGUUAUAUAAAUCUAUGUAUGUAUAAUAACCAUAUUCAUAUACUAGGUUUUUUUUCCCCC